GUUUCUUAGAACUUGAUUCUCAGAACUGGUGAUGCACGAAGUUUCCAGGAAAGUUUUAUAAGAUUCUGACAUCAUGGCCUCAUUGGCAGAUGGCUGCAUUCAAUUCACCCGCCAUGCUGGUGAUGUUCUGCUCAACUUCAACCGACUCCGCAGUAGAAAUAUCCUGACAGAUGUCACAAUCCAGAUUGACGGUCAGCGCUUCUGCGCUCACAGGGCAGUCCUCGUGGCCUGCAGUGGGCUCUUUUACUCCAUAUUCACCGACCCCCUGAAGAGUAACCUGAGUGCCAUCAGCCUGGACCCCACGGUGGACCCUGAUGGUUUUGCCAUCCUGCUGGACUUCAUGUACACCUCCACCCUGACCCUGAAGGACAGCCUGGUUUUGGUUACCAUGAACACAGCGUCAUACCUCCAGAUGGAACAUGUGGUGGACACCUGCCGCAGAUUCAUCAAGUCCAGAGAGCAGUCUGUGACUCUGCAGAGAGAUGAGGGACUGACCAGCCCGAUGCGUCUCUCUCAGGACCUCCCUGCUUUCAGGGCUCUGGAUGGGUUGGCGACCAGCCCCAGCCACACAUCCAUGUCUCCCCUCAGAGACCGGAGGAGCUACUGCCCCAGUGUAUUCACUGGUAUCAAUGCUUCGGGUAGCUCCCACCACGUCCAUGGAAAACACGUCCCAUUGCCCAUCGGAAAGCUGCCAGACGCCCUCAAUUUCAGUGACCUCCACAAAGGGGAUUCCGUCUCUCAGAAACUCUUCUCUCCCGCGAAUCGCACAGAGGCCACCACCAUCAUCCACCACCCUCUUUCAUCCCAGUCCUCAUCCUCCUCCGUUACGAUCCUCCGCCCUCUCCCCUGUUCCAACCGCCCGUCGGGGCCCUUCAUGGGGCUCCAGGGACCUAAACACCGAGGGGCCUCCCCCAUGGAGGAGGACAGCAUCCAGCCCCCCCAGCCAGACUCCCUCAGCCUGUCCCCAGGCUGCAGCAAAGGGGUGAUCUGCAGCCCGCAGAGCCCCCUCCGCUCUGACUGCCAGCCCAACUCCCCCACCGAGUCCAGCGGCUGCAGCAGGAAUGCAACCCAGCCCUCUGGCUGCUCCCAGGAGCCCAAGGCCCGCAACUGGAAGAAGUACAAGUUCAUCGUGAUGAACCAGACCUCCAGGGAGAAGGAGGAGGACGAGGCCCAGGGAGGGAGUGUUGAGGCUGGGGACUGCACCCCUCUUCAGGACUCUAACAGGACUAAUGGAUCAGAAGGACCGAUGAAGGAGCUGCAGGCUGCAGAGAUGGUCAACGUGCACGGAGAACAGAUCCUUGUCCCACAGGCCAGCCAUCACAACAUUAGCCAACUGAGAUGCUCCUCCUGUGGUACAGAUGCCCCCCAGCACCUGGUGGUGUGUCCCCGCUCCCCUGGCACCUACAGCGGGGAGGACAAUGAGCUGCACUCUGAGUACUCCGACUCAAGCGGUGAGAAUGGUUCCAACUUCUGCAACUUCUGCAACUCAAAGUUUACGGAAGCGGACUCCCUGAAAGGCCACAUGCUCCAGGUCCAUGCUGACAAGCCAUACAAGUGUGACCGGUGCCAGGCUGCCUUCCGUUACAAAGGGAACCUAGCCAGCCACAAGACUGUCCACACCGGCGAGAAACCGUACCGCUGUAACAUCUGCGGCGCUCAGUUCAACCGGCCGGCCAACCUCAAGACCCACACCCGCAUCCACUCAGGAGAAAAGCCAUACAAGUGUGAAACGUGUGGCUCUCGCUUCAUACAGGUCGCGCACCUCCGUGCCCACGUGCUGAUCCAUACGGGGGAGAAGCCGUAUCCCUGUGAGAUCUGUGGGACGCACUUCCGCCAUCUUCAGACCCUCAAGAGCCACUUACGGAUCCACACGGGAGAAAAGCCCUACCACUGCGAGAAAUGUGACCUCCACUUUCGCCACAAGAGCCAGUUGAGGCUGCAUCUUCGGCAGAAGCACGGCGCGGUCACCAACACCAAGGCUCAGUACCGCCGGGCGAACACGGACAUGCUCGUUGGCUUGGCCAAGGCCUGCUGAAUGGACACUGGGAAGAUGGAAUUUGAUUGGCAGACAACCGUCUUACGUUGUCGUAGUAACACAUCAUAGCGUCUUAGAACCACACUGUCAGAGAUUGUUGUGUUUGUUGGCAAAUGGCAGAUGGCUUCCCUCCAAAUGUGAACAUAGAACCAUAUUGUAUAAUUCAUAGCCAUUUUACUUUUAUGUUUGUAUAGAAGUCCGGUACGUGUUGAUGGAAUGUACAUUUAGAAAAUUAUAGUUUUGGAAUAUGAAUUCUUAUAUCGGGUAAUACUUUAUUCCUGAAUGUUUUCAAUUGAAGGACAGUGUUCUUUUAGAAGACACUCAAAACUGUUAGAGAAUGAGAAACACUGUUACAUUGGUACAAUUAUAUUAUAAAGUAUACUGGGGCAUGUUCAGCUGAAGAUAAGCUAAUUUAUUAUCCAGUUAUUUGUAGUUUCUUAUAUCUUGUAUAUUGUGUAUAUAUAUAUAUAUAUAUAUAUAUAUAUGUAAUAUCUAUCCAGAUUGCCCUCUGCUGGCAGAGUAUAUGUCUGUAAUUACUAAGGUACAGCCGCUUUUGUCUUUCUACCUAGUGAAAGUUUGUUAUUGCGUCUGUCAUUUGGUCAAAAUAAUAUAUUAUUCGACACGGGUACAUAUGCAAUGUAUUCAAGGUGCCUUACACUAAGUUGUUUUUUUUGUUUAUUUUUGUCCAUUCAGUUCAUUACCGCAAAGUCCUACGUCAGCACUUUCUACUGUAUUUGUUUUGUCUGCUUUUUGUCUCAAGCCAACAAGCUGUAAAUACACCAGCUGUCAAGCUACAAGUCCUCAGGACCAUUAUCAGCAUUUGUCUUUGUAAACUGCAGAGCUUUAUGUGAAAUAGAAAUAAAGGAAUUUGUUAUGAAAACACGA